UCCUGACGUACAACUUUGGAAGUGGAUAAGACUACUGACGUCAUUGAAACCACCUGAAGGACCGAUCUAUCGAUCGUUGAUGAACGAACGAUCGACAACGAUCCGAAUCCAAGGAUAGUUUUACAAAAAAAUCUUCGAUCGAAGAAAAUAUUAUAAAGUAGUUUGAUUUAUACGAAAGAGAAUAAGGGAUGGUGAGGGAUGAUUAGGGAUUAGAAAAGAUCGGACGUUUCUCUACUAAUUCUAUAAACUUUAAUCGCUUUGGUUAAACUUUCGAAUUGUUUUUUCUCAUUUUUUCUUUUUUUUUUUUUUUGUUGGUGUCUAUCCAUUUUUCUCCUAUCCCAGUGUGUCUGUAAUCAUCGAAAAGAAGAAAAAUGUCGGUUGAAUUUUCCCGAGGAAAAAAAAGAAGGAAAAAAAAAAGAACGCUGGUAUUAUUUCCCUGCGGUAACAUGUACGAUAUAUAAAAUCCAUAUAGACACUCUCAACGAUCCUUUCGAACAAAACCAAAUCCUUUCUUCCGUCUGAACUUACUUCAACCCCUUUAAUCGAUAGAUACUUUAUCAAGAAGAACAUUGAUUUAAACGAGAAGAAAAAAGAAAAGAAAAGUAAAGAAAAGAAAAAAAAAGGGAAAAAAAAUCGCAGAAAGAAAAUAAAUAAAUACGAAUUAAUUAAGACGAGCCUGAUACGAACACGAACACGAAGGUUACUGGACCCAGAUCUAUCACGAGCCGACGAUGAACGCUCCAUACAUUCAAGGUCAAGGACAAAUGAUGACGAUUCGAGGAAACAACCUGUUAGGAGUUGAACAAAGAACUACCAGUGGUUAUCAACCAGUUAGGAUGACGGCACGCGCUCCCUUAUCAUCAUUAUACCGCGCUAUCGUACGAAGUCAUUGCGUCUUGGUAAACGGCACGCUGAAGGAGUUUGCGUGCAACUUGUGUCCAAGAACUUACAGCACCUUAAGAGCAUUGAGAUUUCAUCAAAGGAUCGAGUGUAAUCGAGAGCCAAGAUUCACCUGCGGAUGGUGCGACUACCGAACCCUUAGACGUACCAGUCUUCAAAGGCAUAUGCUACGCCAUAGAAGAGAUCGGCUCGAUUAGGCAAUUAAAAUGGGAAAUUAAGCUAUUUUGUUUCUUUUCUUUUCUUUUCUUCUCUAUUUUUUUCUUUUCUUUUGUUUUGUUUUCUUUUCUUUUCUCUUCAUUUCUUUUCUUUUUCUUCCUUUCGAAAAAAAUUUUGAAAAAGGAGUCGCACGAGUACUCGUCAAAAUUUCUUUUUUUAUCCUUUUUUUUUCUAGGAGGGUGGAGAAGAUAGAUCUGAUUAAGAGAUAGAAAGAAAAGGAUGGGGAAUUUAUUUCUUGUGUUCUCGGCUUUUUAAAAUUGUUGUUAUAUUGUAUCUUUUGCUUUAUUUUUUGUUUUGGUUUUAUUCAUCAUCUUAUAUUCAGUUCUUAUAUUCAGAGGAUUUGUUUUUAAUAUUAUAUUUUUUUUCUCGGUCUAUAAACAUUUUUAGAGUUAAUAAGGGUUGAUAAUAUUCUCAUAUCGAUCAACUGAAAGUUGGAGAUAAGGGAAGGGAGUAGGACUUAUCUUUUUGGAUUAACAAACAUCCGUCAUAUAUAAAUAUAAUUAUAUAUAUUUAUAUAUAACGUGAUGUCUUUAAUAGAAAAAUGAAAUUUUUCUAAUUCAUUAAGAAUAUAUAAAUAGAUAUAAAUACUUAUACUACACACAUAUAUAUAUAUAUAUAUAUAUAUAUAUAUAUAUACAAUAUAUAUGUGUGUGUAUAUUUAUAUGUAUAACAUUUGUAUAUCGUUAAAAACUAUUUCAUUUUUGUCAUAGUUCAAUAAAACGAUAUACAUAUGCCUUUCUUGAACGUUUUACGAAUUAAUUACAAUGUAAUAUACUUUUAUGCGUAAUCGAAAUGUUUCUGUAAUAAAUUUUCUACAUUAAUACUUCAUAGAUCGUACCGAUCGAUCGUUGAUCAUUAUUGAUUCCAUUGAAAUCUCUAUAAUUUGUAAUAUAUGUAUAUGGAUACGCAUGUAUAUACAUGUAUUACUAUAUAUAUCAUUUUCUACUUUAUAAUUUUUUAUUUUCGCUAAAGAAAAAGAAAAGGAACAAAAAAUGUUGAAACGUUCAAAUAUCCUUACAUAUUCGAUGCACCACUCUCCUUUCCAACCCCUGCCUGCCUCUUCGUCUCCCAUCUGUGGUCCCAAUUUUCAGUUUUUUUUUUUUUUGAUU